AUGUCUUCCCAAGUAAUUCGCCCAUACAAAUAUGAUAAAUUGAGAAGUAUCUUUAAAUACUAUAUAGAUCCAUUUAUUAUGUUGUAUCAGUUAAAAACAGAAAAAGAAGAAGAAUUAACCAAUAUUUACAAAAUCAUCAAAACGGAUUUGAUUGAUUCAAAGCAAUGUCUACCUCAAAAUAUAAUAAGGGAUAUUUUAAAAAUCAUCCCAUAUAAUAAUCGCUAUACAAUGUCAUACUUAAAACUUUCGAAACUCAUCUCUGAUAAUUAUCAUGUCAAAGAAGUCACAAAUGUUGAAAUUGUUUCAAAUUAUCUGUUUUACAAUGAAUUUGGAAUUAAAUUAGACAAUUCUCACGAUUUCAAUGAAAUAAAAAUAGGAAAUCUUGAUAUUCAUUCAGGAUAUACAAUUUCCAGAUCUAUUAUGGAUAAUGACUUAGAAAGAUUCAUUUCAAUCAGUCAAGGAGAUGAAUUUAAUGAAAAUCAAAAACUUGAAAGCAAUUUAUAUCCAUUUUCUAUGGAAGGAUAUUCAUUACUUGAAUUAUGUUGUUAUCAUGGAGCUGUUGAUUGCUUCAAGUUCUUAAGGAAUAAAUUCAGCUCAAAAAUAACUCAAAAGUGUCUCCAAUUUUCAUUUUUAGGAGGAAAUCCAGAGAUCAUGAGUGAAUGUUUGAAAUAUCAAGAACCAGAUGAUGAAUGUAUGAAAUAUGCAAUUAUUUCACACAAAAUUGAUUUUGUUACAUUCUUGAUGAAUGAACACAAUAUGAAAAUUGAUAUAUAUGAAUGCGAAAAAUAUAAUAAUCUUGAAUCAUUUUUAGUUUAUUUCGAUCAAACUAAUAAUAUUAAUCAAUGCUUUGUUUGUUCUUCGAUGUUUAAUAUUGAAUCCCUUUGUGAAUACUUCCUUUUUCUGGGGGCAAAUAUCAAUGAAAAAAAUGUUUAUGGGCAAGCAGCUCUUCAUUAUGGAGUAGAAUGUAAUUAUAAGGAAUUAGUUGGAUUUCUUCUCUCUCAUGGUGCAAAUAUCGAUGAAAAAGAUAAAGAGCAGGAUACUGCACUUCAUAUUGUUUCAGCUAAAAAUAAUAAAGAAAUGGUUGAAUUUCUAAUUUCUUAUGGUGCAAAUAUUAAUGAAAAAGAUAGAAACGGAAGAACUGCUCUUCACAUUGCAGCAUUGAAUAACAGUAAAGAAAUAGUUGAAUUUCUUCUCUCUCAUGGUGCAAAUAUCGAUGAAAAAGAUAAAGAACAGAAUACUGCUCUUCAUAUUGUUUCAGCUAAAAAUAAUAAAGAAAUGGUUGAAUUUCUAAUAUCUUAUGGUGCAAAUAUCAAUGAAAAAAAUAAAUACGGAAGAACUGCUCUUCACAUUGCAGCAUAUAAUAAUAGUAAAGAAAUUGUUGAAUUUCUUCUCUCUCAUGGUGCAAAUAUCGAUGAAAAAGAUAAAGAACAGAAUACUGCUCUUCACAUUGCAGCAUAUAAUAAUAGUAAAGAAAUUGUUGAAUUCCUUCUCUCACAUGGUGCAAAUAUUAAUGAAAAAGAUAGAUACGGAAGAACUGCUCUUCACAUUGCAGCAUUGAAUAACAGUAAAAAAACAGUCGAGUUACUUCUCAUUCAUGGCGCAAAUAUUAAUGGAAAAAAUAAAGUUGGCCAAACACCUCUACAUUAUGCAGCAGAAAAUAAUUCUAAAGAAACGACAGAAAUUCUUAUAUCUUGGGGUGUAAAUAUCGGUGAAAAAGAUAAAAAUGGAAGAUCUGCUCUUCAUAUUGCAGCUUUCAAUAAUUGUAAAGAAAUAGCCGAACUCCUUCUCUCUCACGGUGCAAAAAUUAAUGAAAAAGAUAAUCAUGGAGAAACCGCUCUUCGUAUUGCAUCGAAGAAGUAUAAUCAAGAAGUCACUAAAUUACUUCUCUCCCAUGGUGCAGAUACAAACCAUUACCAACUACUUAACCCCAAGUUUCCUAUCUUUUUUUAA